CCUCCCUUGGACAAUGAAUGCGAAGGGGAGACAUCCAGGAAAGAAAAAAGGCCUAUAAACGCAUUUCGAAACAGUGCUAAUACUUCCUUGCUCCCUUCUCUCGCAGCAACAGCCUCUUGCCCUUUGCCGUUGAUGCCACAAAUUCACCAGCUUUAGCAGUGCCUUCUCAUCAACACCACCAUCAUGCUGCUAGGCCAGAGGUUCUGGACGGCCUUGACCUGUCUCUUUGGCUUUGGGACCGAUUUGCCCUUGCAAAAGUCGCUGCAGGACCUCGAUCGCCUCCCGCUUGACCUGCCAAGCCAUCAUGGGGCCAGGCCAUCGCGGGGGCCCAUUUUCAAGCCUCCCGGCGCUGCCGACGGGUCCAAUUUCACUUGCGACUAUUCGGCCAUGACAAACUGGUCCGAGUGCUCCAGCACCGACCGUCGCUGCUGGCUCGUAGACAAGUCGGGAAAAAACCAGUGGAACAUCUUGACCAACUAUGAGGCGACCACCACAUUGUCCGACGGCACCGUGGUGCCUCUGACACCCACAGGAAUCACCCGAAACUACACGCUUAACCUUACAAAUCACGUCAUCAACGCCGACGGUCUCGACUUCAAGCAGGGAAAGUGGUUCAACGGACAGUAUCCCGGACCCUGGAUCCAGGCCUGCUGGGGUGAUACAAUUCAGGUAACCGUCAUAAACAAUCUCAAGGGUAAUGGCACCAGUAUCCACUGGCACGGCAUCCGCCAGUUCCGCACAAUGCACAUGGAUGGCGUAAAUGGAGUAACCCAAUGCCCAAUCCGUCCCGGCGACAGCUUCACCUACAAGUUCCUCGCUACUCAAUACGGCAGUUCGUGGCUACACAGUCAUUACAGCGUGCAAUAUGCUGAUGGCCUGGUCGCACCAAUCACUAUCCAUGGUCCGUCGUCGCAGCAGUACGAUAUUGCUCCUGAUGUGCCGCUGCUUAUCACAGACUGGGCCCACAACAGCGCGUACGAAUUCAUCUCUGGUGCCGACAUUCUGUAUCCCACAAUCUUGCUGAACGGCAAGGGCAACGUCACUGCAUUCGGCUAUUCGGGAUUGCCAUCCAACCUGACCAUUCCGACGCCGUAUACACUCAAUUUCGAGGCCAACCCCGCGAAGCCGCUGAAAUACUUGCUGCGCAUCAUCAACACAUCCUUCCAGACCCCAUUCGUCUUUUCGAUUGACAACCAUCAGUUGCAGGUCGUCGAGGUCGAUUUUGUUCCAGUCGACGGCAGUUAUAUCACCAGCCACCUUCACAUUGGCAUCGGACAGCGGUACCAAGUAAUCGUCGAGGCGUUGCCGAUUCCAUACCCCAACCAAAACCUGUCUACCGUGCGCAACUACUGGAUCCGUACCGACAUUAUAGGCGACUGCCCUGACGCCCCGAUCCCACCCGGCGACACAUACAUGAAGACGGGAAUCCUACGGUACGACAGCUCCAGCACCGCAAAGCCAAGCACCCAACCCUGGCCGAACCUGGACAGGAACUGCAUCGAGGAGCCGCUUGCCAACCUCAGGCCCGUUGUAGCUUGGGACGUGACCAAGCCCUCCAACAACGGGGGCCAGGGCGAGAACGAGGAAAUAUCAUUCAAGAACCUUUCGCCAAAGCCCUUCCCGCUAGCCGGCUUCGCGCUGAACCCCACCACCCUCCAGAAUUGGACAGCGCUCCAGGUGAAUUACUCAGACCCAACAUUCCUGAACCUGAACAACACGGGUCCGUGGAAGCCCAGCGCAAUGGUUGUUCUCGAAGACAACCUGACGAGCACAGACUGGAUAUUCCUCCAAAUUUCAUCCAUCGCCGGCACCCACCCAAUCCACCUCCACGGCCACGACUUUGCUAUCCUCGAUAAGCAGGACCCGAAUCACCCAACCAACUCGUUUACCGUCCAGGAUUGGUUCAACCCUCCACGUCGGGACGUCAUCCUGGUGCCGAAUCGAGGGUCUGUCACUAUCGCCUUCCACGCCGACAACCCCGGCGCAUGGCUCGUCCAUUGCCACAUUGCGGAACACGCCGCCAUGGGCCUGGGCCUACAGAUUCUCGAGCGACGGGCCGAUGCCCAGAAAAUCUGGCCGUCCAAUGCUACCUCCCACGCCAUACAAGAGGCAAACCGGGUAUGCCAGAACUGGAGGACGUGGCAGGCGGCCUGCAAGAACUGGUGGGAGGGCUGCGAUGGGGACGUGUUCCAGAAUGACUCUGGAGUGUGAGGGGAGGCAUCGAUGUUUCUCAGCGAACCUGCAGUCUCUUGACCGUACCGUUGUGGCGCGCAACUCCCUCCUGCCGUCUGUAGCCCAUAAGAAUGAGAUAACUGGCCAUUGACG